AUGCCAAUGUCUAUCCUUGGCUCUGUCCUAAGGGCCCAGUGCCCUUCCCAGUCGCCGGCGACAGUAACUUCCACACUCAGCAACCCUACCAAAACCAAUGACCUUGAUGCAAGCACGCCUGGGAAAGAUUCCAUCAAGACUGCCCAGCAUGAAGCCAUCACCGCCCUCGCUCCCCAGCGAAGCCUCUCAUGGGCUAGCGAUGCCGAGUCAGAGAAGCCUAGGAAGCGCACGCCACGGUCCCGAACAUGCUACAACCUAGCUCGCCCCGUCCACACGCGCUCCAAGCUGCACACACGUCCCAAGGUCCUCCUGCAGCUCCACCAGAUCAUUGCUUCACAGCGACCGCGCCCGGCCUUUGAAGUCAUUCCCUGUUCGCUGCUUCCCCAUGGAACCACCAGGCGCCUAGCGCGAACCUUCAACACCAAAGAGAAGCUAGGGCCCCAUGAUUUGCUGAUCGCAAAAGCAGAGGCAUACAACAGCCAGGACAGCGACGAAAAGUCCGACGACGACCGCUUCGGCCCACGUGAUGUCAUAGGCAUCAUCAGCUCCAAGAAAUGUGAAAAGGACCUCAUUGAGACAACCGAGAUAUUCAUGGACCUUGGCAUGAGUCGCUGGACAGUCACACAAAUGCCAAACGGGAGCUACGAGUUCAACAGCACUGACGAGCAUGGCCUGCCGCUCAAGGCACGAUGGGUGCUGAAGCCUGCGAAUGUGCGCCGCACGUCGAGCAUCACAAAAGGAAGCCCACCCUCACCAACGGCCUCGCAAGCGCCUGACGACAGGAAGUUUACCUUUAGCACCAUGAGCACCAACUCCAGGCGUCACCCAAUCAUUGCGACCAUGACCCGAAAUCGCAUCGACGUAAUGGACACUUAUGCGGUGCCCACAGGGACCUCAGCGCCCACUUCAACCUUUGCUUCCUACACUCAGUCCCCUACUACGGAAUCCUCGUAUAUUGAAGUUGAUACCUUUAUGGACAAUCUCACCGCAAAGCUACCCAUCGUGACCGAUGAUGCUCUUCGACACUUUAUUCUCAUCUCUGGUGUUUGGGUCGCCACACGCGAGUUCACAGCAGACCCUCCUAGCCAGUCGUCAACACCUGUCCUCGGCUCAAACGCCAUCUUCCGUUCUCCUAGCGUCCGCACUGUCUCCAUGUCCGCUCUGGAAUGCCCUCGCUCGCCAUCACCGACUUCUACCUCUGACGAAAAUCGGCGCUCGUUUCCCCGCACUGCGCGCCACAGUUUGACUGGUAGUUUGAGGAAGAAGCAUGGUGUUGCCUUUGAAGACCAGACACUAGUAGAAGAGCGUCGGAUAAAACCCAGCGUAGAAUUACUGCGCAUAAAAGAGCUUACAUUGGCCGCACCCAUAGAGCGACCAUCUGUCGAGUCGACCAGAUUUCCUCUUGCAGUUAUACCAUCCAAUAUCGUUAUAGCACCUUCCUCUGAAGAGUCGGGCCCGCCUACACCGCUACUGUCUUCGCCGUUCCCAUCUCCAUCGGUUGUGGAUACAGACCGGUCACGCAACACGAAAUCGACUUUUGCUCCUGUCACUACGACAGGCCUCUGGGAUUCCGGUGUAACCGAAGGUCAUGGUCUUAAGAAGCGCGCCACCAGCAUGUUUGUCUUGAAUGAGAAGAAGCGUAAGCAAGAGAAAAAGAUGGGUAGCGAGCGUAGCAGAAGUAAAUCUAGCAAGACACGGGACCGUGACGACAGCACCGAAGGCAUGAAGAUUAAGCGCGCUUCGCACAUCUUGAGAUUCAAGCUUCGUCUCCGGGAUCUUUUCAGGAAGAAUAGAGCAUAGCGGCAUACUUGUCACCGGAUCUUUUCUUUGCAUAUUUGGCUAUCAACGGGGCGUCAUGAUAUUUUGGAUACUUUUCAGGUUGGGUCUAAACUGGUCCACCAUUCACCACUCACGUUUCGUUUGAUUACUAUCUCUUCCUGUAGAUAUCUUCCAUUCUCCUUUGUCUGAUUGGAAAUACCCUUUUCGUUGGAAUUCAAAAUUCAGUACUAUCUACCC